GCAAGCACCCAAGUCGCAAACCGCCAACAACACUUCCCUUCUGGUUGACUAGCAAAGCUAACUGACUCCGAUUCUCGCAGUUUUUCCUCAGUCUAGUUCCGAUUUCGCUACGAUUAAGACGCACUUGUGAGUUGAGACUAGGAAACUCUUCGCGGGUGAUCCGUUGGAAAAACGCGAGUGGAAUCAGGAUCCACACUUGGGCAACGCGUCGUGCCGUGCGUCGAGGCGUUCGAAGUUUGAUUGAGUGAACCGUUUAAUGCUAAACGGUCGAAAAACUACCAGUCAUACAAAGUGAUUAACUGCUAACAAAGUCAUCCGACCGUUUUGGCGCGGAAAUCCGAAAUUUUCCAACAGGCGCAUACAGCAUUGGAUUAGAACCCGAUUUGCCAAACCCACAACACUCCAGUGAAUUAUGAUCUAACGUGUGGAGUAGAUCGAUCAUUGCUUUUGAGGAGUGUUUUUUUCGAAACAGAGCACCAGGAUGUGGAAAUUAGCAGCAUUUUUGCUGGUUGGAGCAUCGACGAUUUUGGCAGUGAUCCCAAUGAUUGCAGCCAGCGUAAGCCAACAGGGUGGCGCAUCAAUGCGAAGAUCCAAGUGUCUAAAUCGGGAUCGUAUACAGGUAUACGAUGGACACGACAAAGCGUUACAUCAACGACUUACAGGUUUGCGCAAUGAGAUGCGCACCAGGGCAUCAACCCAGAGCACGGAACUUGAUGCGUAUUUGAUAACUUCGUACGACGAGCACAUGUCUGACCAUCUGAUGGAAUCGGACGAACGGUUGAAGUUCUUGACAGGAUUCUCCGGUACUACGGGAGAGGCCGUAGUGACUACAAAGUCUGCGGCUUUAUGGGUAGACGCCAGGUUCUACGAUCAAGCUGAUUACGAGUUGAACUGUGAUUGGCGGAUCUAUCGCAGUGGAGAGCAUCCUACAAUUUCGGAAUGGAUUUCGAGUGAACUGGCUCCAGAGAGUCGAAUAGGAGCCGAUCCACAACUUGUGCCUCAUGCUUUAUGGGUUAGCUUGGAACGGCAGCUGAACUCAGACUUCAUCAAACUGAUAAAGAUUCAUCGCAAUUUGGUGGAUUUGGUGUGGGGUGCUCGACGACCUGCACCAAAGCUCAACUCCAUCAAGGUACAACCAUUGCGGUUCGCUGGUGAACACUGGGAAGUCAAGGUUAAUAAACUCCGGUCUAAUUUGACGGCCAUGAGGUGUGAUGCAAUGAUCGUUACGUCGCUGACCGAAGUAGCAUACAUUUUGAAUCUACGAGGCAGUGAUAUUCCGUACACUCCAGUGUUCAAGGCGUAUUUGGUAGUCAGCAAUCGGGAGAUUAUCCUGUACACGAAUAACACACGGAAGAACAUGGGUCUGCUGAAUCAUCUCAAGUCUCACAGCUGUCACAAUGAAUAUUGUGUGCAAAUCAAAGAAUACCAAGACGUACUGCGGGACCUGAGAACGCUGUCUCAACAUUGGAAACGCAUUCUCGUACCAUCAGCCGUUGUGUUUGACAUGGGAGCAUCGGAAGCAAUACAUUCAGUGCUUCCUCGAGAACUAGUACUGGACAGACCGUCGCCGAUUAUUUUUCUGCGUGCGCAGAAAAACGAGGUCGAACAACAGGGCAUGAAGAAGGCACACAUACGCGAUGGAGCAGCAAUGUGUGAAGUGCUCAGCUAUCUGGAAGAAAGGUUCAUCGCCGGCGAUCACUUCACAGAGCUUUCGCUGGCUAAAGAGAUUGAUCGUAGUCGUAAGAUACAGGAUCUCUCGGAAGGUCCUUCCUUCAAAACUAUCGUGGCAUUUGGUUCGCAUAGUGCCAUUCCGCAUUAUACGCCCAGCAAUCGUACGGACUUCGAAAUUACCGAAUAUGGUACGCUUCUGAUUGAUUCCGGUGGCCAAUACCAGGAUGGAACGACUGACGUCAGCCGGACGAUUCAUCUCGGGGAUCCACACCCUGACCAAAUUCGAGCUUACACAAAUGUCCUGGUUGGAAUGAUCCGGUUGUCGGUUCUUACUUUUCCGGAAAAUUUGAAGCCAGCCGAGCUGGAUGCUCUUGCCAGGGGACCCGUUUGGGGAGAUAUGAACGACUAUCCUCAUGGAACGGGUCACGGUAUUGGGUCUUAUUCCGCCGUUCACGAGUCUCCAAUCAGCAUAGCUUACACGACCAAACAGCGCUACAGCUUCAAGGAUGGUUAUUUCUUCUCCAAUGAACCCGGUUAUUACAAGAGGGGAGAAUUUGGCAUACGUUUGGAGAAUGUUUUGCAAGUUCAUGACACUGGAAAGGUGCACCCCUCUGGCAACAAAUUCCUCUCGUUCGAGGACGUCACUCUGGUACCCUUCGAACCCAAAAUGAUCGAUCGCUCGAUGCUGAGUGCUCCCGAGAUCAAAUGGAUCAAUGACUACAACGCUCGAAUUCGACAGCUAGUUGGUGACGAGCUCAAACGCAAGCAGAAAAUGGAAGCCUUCUACUGGAUGAUGAACAAGACACGAAACAUUCCCGAAUAUCGGUCCGAUGCGGACUACGGUGCUGCUGGAUCUGUUGCGUUGAACUUCCGAGUAAUUUCCCUGAUACUAGCGACCAUCAUAACUAACAUUCUAAUUCUGGGAUAGAGCAACUAGUCCAAUGCCGUGUUAAUAGUUCAAAACGCCUCAUCGCCUGUCCAGCUCUCUCUCUCUCUCCACCAUUCGAAACGCUCGUUGGUCUUUCAAACUAAAAAAAAAGCGAACAAUCGACCAACCCACCCACUGUCUCUCUAUCAAUGUAGCUAUAUCUUUCACUGUUUGCUCGUAGGUUAGGCCUAGUGAAUAAGAAAAGAAAAACCACUGUUCAUUAACUUAUUUAUUAAUAAUGUAUAAUUGGAUGAUCGAUGUUAUAGUUACCAGAGCGCAAGCAAGUGAUAUUUUACAAAGCCACUGAAUUCAUUAGAGAUUAAACAAACACUAGCCCGAACGCGAAAAA